AGUCAGUCAGUCAAUCCAACCGCCCACCACCAACCAUUCAGUCAAUCAACCACAGAGAUCCGAGCAGCGAGUCUCAUUUUGUAAUGAGUGUAUUCUGUGCGAUCCCACACUUUGUAUCAGACAGGGCCAAAGCGGGUCGCACAGUGAUCUGACAGACGAGUGGCUCAUGAUGCACCCGUCGAUCCCUGCCACCUCUACAACAGCGCGCACCAUCAGUUUUGGAGACUGAUGUGGUGCUGUUGCGGUGGGGGCAGCGAAGGAAUGGGUGCACCAUGCGCAGCACUCAGUGAGUGAAUGAAUGAGUGAGUGGGUCCAGCCAGGGAAAGAAUCGACUACGGUAAGCGCGAAAAGAAAGGGGCCAGUCAGCCGACCAAUCGCAACCAACCAACCAAUACCGCACCCUCUCUCCUUGCCAGGAGUCACUACCGUCACUCUCACACCCAUCCCCUCACACACACACACACAUGCAAUCCAGGCAGGCACUCAUCUGUCUGUGUAUACGUGGCUACCAAUGACUGGCAAAAAAGGACCGCCGCCGACCCACGGGACGGACCGCGAAAAAGGCGUGCGUGCGUGCGUCCAUGUGCGGAUGCAGGAGGCAGGGGCAACCUGGGCAUAUCGAUGUUUGCAGGUCGCCCCCAUUCACUCACUCACACACAGACACAAACACACACAGGGAGGCAGGCAGGCAGGCAGGAAAGACUUGACAGAAAAGUCAUGAGAGGGGGGGAGGGAGAUGGAGAUGAAGAUACCAAGACCCUUCCCGCCCCUGGUUAAAUACAGGAGUGAGCACUGAGCACACCCCACCCCACCCCGACGCACCCCACCCCACCAACACUCAAUCAGCCUCUCACUCAACCACUCGCGGCGCACAACAGGAGGUUGUGUGCAUCAGGCAGGUCGCCCCGCUCACUCAGGCGUUCCUGCCCGCCCGGCCCUUAGACUUGUUCUUACGACCACCUGCACCCACACACACAUAUCCACACAUCCAUCCAUCCAUCUAUCGACGACCGUCAGCCAUCCAUGCAGCCACCCGUUUCUCAUCACUGACCUCUGUUUCGCUUCUUGCGUGAGCCAGUGGUGCUCUGCGGCGGCAGCUGGAACUCCCCGUCGGCCGGCGUGAGCACCGGCGGCAGCGGGCCGCCUCUGCGGUCGUUGGUCCAGGCGAAUGGCGUGGCGGGGGAGGGGGUGCGGGUGGUCUCGGAGCCGCCCUCAUGCUGUGUGUUGCCGCCGUCCUCAGCCGUGCCCGCAGAAGUAGGCUCCUGCACACACAUGGACACAGACGGAUGGAUGGAUGGAUGUGCUGUUGUCUGUCUGUGUGCUCUGUAGAACUAACUCACCGAUGCCUGGUAGGCAGAGAAGAACUUGGGCAGCAGCUUGUUGCAGCCUUGCAACGGGCUCUCCCCCUCCCCCUCCUCGCCACGGCCAAACUCCCCCUCAUGCACACUCCGCGACCCCCAGUUCUUCAUCCACAGUGACGGUGUGGCAUCGUCCUCCUCGCCACCCUCUAACUCCUGGUCGCUCUCCUCUGCGAUGUCGGCCAGCUGCUGGUUGUGGGCGGGGGCGCGCACACCCGGGCCGACAGGUGGCGAGCCGCCGAUGGUCUCGCGGGCGCCGCGGUAGUUGCGCUUGAAGACCUUCUUCCGCAGGAGGUCGGCCAAUGUGGGCCGCUGGGAGGGGUCUGCAUACACAGAGAGACAACAGAUGGAGGUGCGUGGGUUGGUGGGGUGGGGGUUCUCUGGUCGGGGGAUGUGAUGUGUGGCUGACCGACCAGGGUGCAGGAGUCGUUUGAUGAGUGUCCUGAGCGACGGCUUGAUGGCGGGCGGGAGCGCGUCGACCAUCUCGUGGAUGCAGCGGGCCUCCUGCAUCACCUGGGCGCCCAGCAGCCCGUCCAACUCCCACAUGAAGGUGCCUGCACCACACCACACACAGACCCAGACAAUGAGAUGAGAUUGAACACCCCAUCCCCAUAUGUGGUCUCUCUGAGGUCGCGCUACCCGAGCACAUCUCGAGUAGGACACAGCCGAGCGACCAGACGUCAGCGGGUUUGCCGUAUCGAGAGGAGGACAGCAUCUCGGGGGCCAUGUAGCACUCGGUCCCUGCCUGAGUCAUGGCGCUCUUCUGACCGCCUGCAGUGCACAUGGACGCACACAGUCACACAUUACUCCACGCCAUGCGGGUCGUUCAUGUGUGUGCAGAGUGUACCUUUCUUGUUUGCGAUGCUCUGCCGCUGGGUGGGGCGGGACAAACCAAAAUCACCUAUGGCCACACACACAGUGCGUCACAUCACACCACAUGCCGAGUGCGUCAUCCACCAUUGGUGAUCGCUCGCUUCGCUCACCGAGCCGAAUGUCGCCGUUCUCGGUCAGGAAAAUGUUCUGGCUCUUGAUAUCUCUGCAUGCACCAACACACACACAAACACAAGGAUAUGACGCCGUUUCUGUGUGUGUGUGUGUGUUGUCCUGCUGGUGCCUGUCAGACUGACCUGUGUAUGACGUUGCGCUCGUGCAGGUAGUACACCGCCUGACACACCUGGUGAAACCACUUCAGUAUCUGAUUGAUGGCCAUCACACACCCACACCACAGACACACACCAAGCCCUGUCAACAUGUGUGUGUGUGUGUGUGUGUGGUGUCAGCCAGUCAGCCUACGCUGUCCUCGCAGAAUCCGCCGUGCUCGUUCUCGAUCUUCUGCUUCAUGUCCCCCUCAGGGCAGUACUCCAUCACUAUCACAAAGGUGAAGUGCGGCUCGAACGACCCGUACGUGUAACUCGUGUGAAUGAAGUCCUCCUCGUAGGCAACCUGUGCAUGACAUGACAUGAGACACACACAUACAGAGGGGGCGUGUGUGUGUGUGUGUGUGUGUGGGAGGGGGGAAGGGGUGUUUGUGCGGUGAAAGCGGUGCGGUGACCGUACGAUGUAUUUGUGUCUGAGUGAGAUGAGUCGUUUGGCCUCGUUGGUGUAGGUGUCGGCCUCGGUGAUGUCCUCGACAGGGAUGCGCUUGAUGACGAACAGGUGGCCGUCGCUCUCGCGCUCCGUCAGCCACACCGUACCGUACCCACCCCCACCCAACUGAUCGACCAAACACACCACACACAUCACAUGCAGACAGACAGACAGACAGACAUACAAACGUCGAUAUGCCCUCACUGCAUGGGCCAUUUGUACAAAGACACGAGCGUACCUGAUGAAUCAUCUUAUAAGCCCCCGUGCACAUCCUGCACUUGCACUGCCGCGCACACGCACACAUGAGCUUCCACAAGUAGAUGCACCCCAGGAAACAAAGACCCCCCAGCAAAACCAACGCAGCCACGUUGUCACUCGUCAGCGGAAAGGUCAGCGUCGUCACCUCCCUCUCCCUCUCCCUCUCUCUCUCCCCCUCUCUGUCGCUCCACUCCCCCGAUGUCGUCUGCGUCUCGCUGUCACCCUUGACGAUUCCUGGGUCAUGGUCAGUCCUCCUCCUAUAUACCCCACACAGGCGGUCGAAGGUCCGUGUUGCCUCUGGGGGGUCGCUCCGCCGCUCGUGCAACGCCGGGUGUGUCACGGUGGUGUCGUUGUCAGCAUGCGAGGGCUGCGGAGCGCACGAGUCGCCGUCGCACUGCUGCUGGGAGGGGGGGAGGGGCGCCGAAGGCUCUGGGGAUGCGUCUGUGUCAGAACACUCGACAUCUGUGGUGUCGACGGCGGCCGACUGACUGUUGAGGUGGAACACCACCUGCUCCGCCAGCUUGUUUGCCUUGCAGAGCGGCAGGUGGCUGCAUAGGAGGGUGAGGGCGGCAGAGUGGAUCAUAAACGCCAUUCUAUCGAAGCACAGCGACAAGGGGAUGUACGUCGCGCCUCAGAGAGGCAAGUGAGGGAGACAAGUCG